GCCUACACCUUCCCCUCUAUAUAUUCACACCCACAAAAAGCUCUGUAUCUCAUCAACUCAUCUACUCUCUUCUUCUCCUUACUACAAUGGCGGCCGUUUCCACCAUUUCCAUGCUUGACUCCACCUUUGACUCUGACAACCUCACCAAUCAGAUAUUUUCCAUUCUUGAAAACAAGUUUCUUUUCGGGUGCGAUGACCAGAGGAGUUGUGCUCCGUCGGUGAAGUCGUCCUUUCCCAGCUCCGGCAAGGUCCGGAUCCUCUCCGUUGAUGCCUCUGGAUACACCGGAGGUGUCCUCGCCGCCAAAUCUUUAGUCCGUCUCGAAUCCGCCCUCCGGGCUAAAUCUGGAAACCCGAAUGCCCACAUUGCCGAUUUCUUUGACGUCGUCGCCGGCUCCGGCGUCGGCGGGGUCCUCGCCGGUUUCCUGUUCACCAGAGGAAAAGACGAGUCCCCGUUGUUCACUGCCGGGGAAGCUCUCAGAUUUGUAUUGAAAAAUGGGCGGAGGAUUUCGCAGCCGGAGCAGAGCGGGGUUUUCCGGCGAGCGUUGAAGCCGUCGAAGCAGUUCAAGAAAGUCUUCGGCGAGUCAACGCUGAAAGAUACCCUGAAAUCUGUUCUCAUCCCCUGCUACGACCUCACCACCGGAGCUCCGUUCCUGUUCUCACGCGCCGACGCGAUUGAAAUGGACACCUGCGACUUUUUUAUGGCGGAUGUUUGCGGCGCCACCGUGGCUCACCGCGGGUUUGAGCUUAAGUCGGUGGACGGCCGGACGAGAACGACCGCCGUGGGCGGUGACGUGGCCAUGAAUAACCCGACGGCGGCCGCCAUCACUCACGUGCUCAACAAUAAGCAGGAGUUUCCUUUCUCCGUCGGCGUCAAUGAUUUGCUGGUGGUGUCUUUGGGAAACGGAGAGUCGGACUCCGGCACCGUCAAUCUGUCGCCGUCAUCAUUCGUUAAGAUUGUUGGAUGUGGAGUUUCAGACAUGGUGGACCAGGCAGUAUCAAUGGCAUUUUCCCAGUCCGGCAGUAAAAGCAACUACAUUCGUAUUCAAGGCCAGGGGCAUUUCGGGAAGAAGAAGAAAGACCGGAAAUCGGAAUCGGAAUCGGCCAUGGCAGACGAAAUGCUGAACCAGAAGAGUGUGGAAUCGGUCUUAUUCCAAGGCAAGAAGUUGGCCCAAGCUUCAAAUCUGGAAAAACUGGACAAUUUCGCUUCUGAAUUGGUGAGUGAGCAAGACCGGAGAAGCACGAGCGUUUUGCCGGCGGUGGUCCUGAAACAAGCCGCCACGACGGCGGCGUCUCCGAGGACUUCCUCCUCCACGAUUUUAUCCUCGAAUUCGUCCUGUUAAUCGCUAUUUUUGUUGUCAAUUAGUAGGUGGUAGUAGUAGCUAUUCGAGGUGAUGAUUAAUUAGAGUUAGGGGGAUGAUUAGAGUUUGGUUAGAUAAUUAGCUGUUGUUGAAGCGAGUCUGAGCUGUUGAUGUUUUGGGCAAGUGAAGGUAAAUUAUACCGUACAACCGGCUGUACGGUGCUCAUCGUACAGCCGGGUAUUUUUGAAAUUAAGUUCAACUUCAAGCUGGAUUAUAUUAUUGGAUCUGUCGGCCUCCACUCCUCCCUGCCAAAUUCUCCGGCGACCACCUCUUCUCUCCAACCAAUUUCCCGUCGUGUUCAGUCCUUCACAUCCAUCGUCCCCUCCAAUUCUCCUUGGUCCUUCAUUUUCAGCUUUCCCAUAGGCGGUUGACAGUAUCCGAAACAACGGUAGGAUAGCUGGAAACUUGGAGCAGCGUCGAGCACUUCUGAAUGUUGAAGAAGCUGCAAUCCCAAAGCUGCAGUUGUGGGACCUUAAAAUUUAUGAGGGUUAUUUAUCUUUCAUGAUUACUAAAAUUGUAUUUUAGCAUCUCAGCCUUAAAAAAAACAUUGUAUAGUCGAUUGAAUUAGAAUUGAAAAUCACUAAGGUUAUGUCUAAUAGGUCCAGAUCUUAUUCCUUUUCGUUUAAAAAGAAAUGAGCAUAUAUAGAUGAAUAUUUGAGUACAUUAAAAAUUUUAAAUGAGCUUUUUUGAAUUUUUUAUAUUCAUUUUGUAAAUUAUAUCCGCUCAUUUGAUUUUUCCGAUACUCAUUUUAUAAAUUAUCUAUGCUCAUUUGAUACUGAAGUUAUGCUCACUUUAAAAUGUUGUGUCAAUGCAUAUUUCAAAAGUAUCAUAUUACAUUAGAUUCAUGUAGGAGUUGAUUAUAGAUAUUGUAUCACGGACCAUGAUAUUUAAUUGGAUGUUUCUAAUACUCAAUAUAGAAA